UGGUUGGGUCGGUGGAGCAGAGCAGCAGGAUGGCCGACCAGAGCAGGCAAAUCAAACUCGCUGCAGCCAAGAAAAAGCUGAAGGAGUUUCAGCAGAAGAGCUCCCCUGCUAGUGGAGGAGGAGAGAAGGGUGGAGGAGGAGGGGGAGGAGGUGGCGGCGGCGGCGGCGGAUCAGGGGCCAAGAAGAAGAGGAAGGGGAAGGGACUGAACCAGUAUGAUGCACCUACAACAGAUAGAAACUCCCCAAUCAACUUGGACAGUAUUCUCAAAGUAUUUAAUCAAAGCAAUGGAGUAGCCCUACCUCUUAAUGGCAACAGUCAGACCUUUGCUGACGUGGAGCCCAUGGGGUCUUCAGUUCCCCAGCUGCUGGAGGACCCAGGGGGCGAGCCUGGCCGUGGCUCACCUGAUUCUAACGCUGCUGUGCCUAACACUACUAAUAACCCUGAGUUUGUCGCUCACAACGCUGCCCUGCAGGACUAUCCUGAUACCAAUGGCAAUGAGAGUUUAACAGAGGAAAAUAGACCACUGUCUUCCACAGAGAGCCUGCGGCAGCUCUCACAGCAACUUAACGGCCUGGUCUCUGAGUCAUCUGCUGCGUAUCAGAAUGGAGAUGGUGCGCCCAUUCUUAAUGAGAGAGAAAUGGAGAGUCGGAACCAGGAGCUGGCAGCCGCCCUGGAGUCCAGCAACCUAACAAACUCUCAGCUGAAUAUCCAGCUAGACCAGCUGGCAAAGCAAUCUCAGGAGCUCACAGAUCAGCUACAAAAGGAGCGAAAAGAAUUUGAGCAGAGAUGUUCCAAAGAGCAGGGAGCCAUGCGCGAGCAAUUGCAGGUUCACAUCCAAACUAUUGGAAUACUGGUAUCAGAGAAAUCAGAGCUACAAACAGCACUACAAUACACACAGCACGCUGCACGGCAGAAAACAGGGGAGGCAGAGGAGUUGAACAGCCGUCUGCAGUCAACAAAGCAGAGAGUGUCAGAGCUGGAGCGAACCCUCUCUUCUGUCUCAGCACAACAGAAACAGUUUGAAAAGCACAAUAAAGAACUUGAAAAGGAGAGAGACAACCUGAGACUAGAGGUGUUUAGAUUAAACAAUUUGAACGAGGAGUCAAAGCAGCAGAGCUCCGAGCUGUCUGAGAGGCUGAAACUGACGUCACAAGAGAAUGGAGCGAUGAGGUUGGAGGUGGAAGAUCUUCGAAAGAGGCUCGAGAUUGGUGACCUCAUGAUGCAACAGUACUCCAAUCAGUCAGAUCCCAGCAGUGCCAACCAGCAGGCGCAGUUACUGGUCGAGGAGAGACAGCAGCUAGAGAUUCAAAAUCACCAGCUGAUGGAGUCGAUUGGUCAGCUGAAGACAGAGAGGGACUGUUAUGCAGAGCAGAUCCAAGAAGAGGGCCGUGUAUGGAAGGACAAAACAGAACAGCUCCUAACACAGGUUUCAUUGGUUGCAGAGGAGAGGGACAGAAACAUCAACCGGGUCCAAGAGUUGGAGGCCAGCAUCACAGAGCUAAAAAAUGCUGCAGCGUUACUGUCCCAAGAGAGAGAGGCUCAGGGUAAUGCAGAGCCUCCGUCCCUGGGACCAUCAGAGAAUGAGGUAGCUCUGCAAGAGCGCCUCGACAGACUACAACAAGAGAAAGAAGCCCUGGCUGAACAGUAUCAGGCUCAGCUGAGAGACAACAAGCAGCUGAGCCGCAUGUGUUCUGAGCAGGAGAUGCGUCUGGGAGAGAUGGAGCAGCAGGUGGAGAGCCGCACCCAGGAGGGAGAGGACCGUCGCCGCAUGUUGGAGGAUGUUCAGUCAGACAAGGCCACUAUUAGCCGCGCCCUCACCCAGAACCGGACACUGAAGGACCAGCUGGCUGAGCUUCAGAACGGUUUUGUCAAGCUGACUAAUGAGAACAUGGAGCUGACCACUGCCAUCCAGUCAGAGCAACACGUGAAAAAGGAGCUGGCUCGCAGGAUGGGUGAACUGCAAGAGGAACUGCACAAUGUCAAGGAGGAGCUGGAGUCGAAAAAUCAAGAGACUCAGGGUCUGAUGGAGCAGAGGGACCAGGUGGUGGCUCACCUGCAGCAGUACUGUGCCGGCUACCAGACCCUGGCCUCCGAGAGGGAACAGGUCCACCGACAGUAUCUGCAGCAGUGCCAGCUUAUGGACCGGCUGCAGCACGAUGAAAGCCAGGGCCGUGUGCAGCUGGAGAUCAGUCACUGUCAGCUCAAAGAAACGCAGGACCAUUUGGAGCAGUUGGUCAGAGACAAUGAGCAGCUGAAGUCUGACGUGAAGGAACUUCUCCACAGCUCAGCUCUUGCAACGUCACCGAGAGACCAAGGUGAUGGAGUGGAAAGCCAGUCCCUGCAGGAGAGUCCAAAGAUGUCCUCCUCCAUAGUUAUCCCAGAAGACUUCGAAAGCCAGAAAGAAAUGGAGGAAUUCAUCCGUGGAGCUCUGAUUCACUUGGAGGGAGAGAGGGACGAGGCCAGGAGGCUACUGGAGGAGGAGCACCGACUCCACAUGGCAGCCCGUCACCAGGCUGCUGUGGCCAUCAGCCUUGAACACCAACACCACAGCCACGAAACUGCUCAUGACCAUAAUCAUGAGCUCGAUCACACUCAUAGCCAACACAGUCACUGUGAACACAGUCACGAGCAUUCAGAAGGAGGAGUUCCAGUUGAAGUGCAUCAGGCCCUGCAGGUUGCCAUGGAGAAGCUUCAGCAUCGUUUCACGACCCUCAUGCAAGAGAAGGUGGACCUGAAGGAGCGGGUGGAGGAGCUGGAGCAUCGCUGCAUCCAGUUGUCUGGAGAGACCGACACCAUAGGGGAGUACAUAGCCCUGUACCAGAAUCAGCGAGCCAUCAUGAAGCAGAAACACCAGGAGAAGGAGCAUUACAUCAGCAUGUUGGCCCAGGACAAGGAAGAGAUGAAGGUGAAGCUGGCGGAGCUGCAGGAUCUGGUGAUGAGGUUGGUGGCGGAACGGAAUGAUUGGUACACCCGCUACGCCGAAGCUGUAGCUGGCACAAGCACGGUGAACCCCGACCUGCUUCCUAUUGGGGAGGAUCACACUCAUCAAGAGCACCAUGGGCACACAGACAUGGAGAUUGAUGCCGUCAGUGGAGCAGACGCCAUUGAGGUCAUUCCUCUCUCAGAGUCCACCAAAGGCCUGGAAGCCACCUCCUCCCAGGCACUUUCGACCAGAGCAGCCCAGACCGACUCCAAGCCCCUGGGACCCAACGAGGACGGCACUGCACAACAGAUCAUGCAGCUGCUCCAGGAGAUCCAGAACCCCCAGGGGGCGCUCAGAUCCCCCCCCUUCCUAGGGGAGAACCCCUGCAUCCCCUUCUUCUACCGGCCCGACGAACAGGAUGAAGUCAAGAUCCUGGUGGUGUGAGGUGUGGGUAUGAGAAAGGCGUGAAUGUGUGUGUGCGCUAAUGGACAUGUCUUGAAGUUUGGGGAAUAUUGAACACCACCGUUUACCAUGUUUAUAUCUAAUAGAUCAUAUUCACAAACACUUGGAGACCUUACAGAAGAGAUCACAGAUAGAAGAAUGUCUCUGACCCAGUUACAUUACAACACCCCCUCUUUGUUCCGCGUAUUGGCACGAUUGUGUGCAUGGUUAAAGAGAAAGUAUUUUCUAUUUGCUCUUUUUAUGUUUUGGUUCCUGAUGCUCUUCCCAGAGAAGAGAUAAUCUGUAUUCUUGAACAUAAUUAGAUUAUUCUCACUACCGCAAUUUUCAUUCCCCAUGCCCUCACUCGUCCCCCAUCUUUACACAUAAGUGCAAUAAAGGGGCGUUGUACUCUGUGCCCCUGCUGAAACAGUACUUAAAGAGCUGUUUGAAUUAGCAGCCUGUGUGGGCAACUUUGCUACAAAUCUCAGUUUUACACAAUUCACUGUACAAAUGCCAAAAAAGAGCAUUCUGUUGGAAUGUAACAAGCUGAAUAUUCCCUGUAUGUUUGUGUAACAUGAAGAGAGAGAGGAGGAGAAGGGUGCAGCAAGACGAUAUGAGGGUGGUGGUAGAGUGAGAUUUAAGUGAAGUAAACAAUAGAACUUAGUGAGCUUUUUUAAGUGAAGGUGCAGUAUCCAAAUCGAAAGCACACAAGUUAAGGCUCAUUCAUCCUGACGGAUGUGUUGACAUGGUAGCUAUGUAAUACAUAGCUCUAGUGGAUGUACGUAAUACACCCACUAGAGGGCAGCACGUAGCUGCCUGUAGAUUAUUACAACUGGCAGACUUACUCCUCAAAGACAUCCUGCCGUCUUAUGGUCGUUUCACUUUUCACUCAUUAACUAUUGGCUACAAUGCCCCCAACGAUUUCCGGUGGGGCUGCUCCGUUGUAGCUGUGUCUGUACAGAGCAUAGAUGAGACUUAACACGAUCUGGUUCGGGAAGACAGAGGCAGGUGUUGCUGAAUGAUGCUGUCCCUACAACUCCCCUCUCUUUCAUUGUCCUUUUCCUUCAAACACUGAAAAACAAGUCGUACCUUGAAACAGUGCAAUGUGUUGAUAUAUGUUUGUGUAGCGUUGAUGUUAAACCGAGAAGUCGCCAUCGUUAUUAUUUUUGACUCAGCGAGAGGAUGAGGUGAAACCUAAAGACCCCAUGAAGAAAAAUUAAUUUGAAGAAGUUACAGGAGGUAUAGAGUUACAAUCUAUAUUUGCAGUCAUAUAUCCACUUUUGAAUAUGCUGUGAUCACGAUCUCAAUCCACACUUCCAUCACUCAAAGCUCAUAACUAAUUUAUUUUUCAUCUUUAUUCCUAAUCUUCAGUUUCACGGGGUCUUUAAGUUUCUAAACAAACUAACCAUGAUUACUAGGAGCCUGUUCUUUUCUGUUACGUUAAUCUCGUAUCUCUACACAUCAAAGAUGAAUUAAUGCACAUCCUUUACAACUGGACUGUGUGUGUGCGUGCGUGUGUGUGUGUCAGCGUCUGUUGUUCUGUGAGUGUAGAGCUGUAUAAGAUUAUAUGAGUACGAUUGCACUAAAACUGUACAAAGCUUCUCCGUCAGCUCAGUUUCUACCACUGAGCCUCCGCGGAGCAAACAAGGAAUCCUAUGAUGCGUCGCUCUGUGCGCUGAGGGUUCCGGCCGAAGCAACUUAAUUUAAGUGAAAGCGCGCCCAUGCGUGAGACCAAGGUGUGUAAACACGAAUUGAACAUGAUGAUCGUCAUGACGUUAUUCCCAGACCUUUGGGACCAAACUGAAUUUGAGAACAUGAGCAACGUUUCAUUUUUCUCAAGGAGAGAAGUAAAAAUUCAUAUUAAGAUAUCAUCACAUUGUCCAUCGAUAAUCGAGUAAAUCUCCUUGUGGUGUUAAAUAAAUGAGAAAUCACAGAGGACUCCAACAUCUGGACUGAUGUUUCUUUCACCUGAUGACACGAUGAGCGUUCAGCUUUGAGAGAGAGAUAAGAGGCCCAAGUUCAAAAAUGUAGAUUAGAGUGUAGGACUUUUUACAUGCUCUGUUGAGUUUAUUUCGAGGCAGAGAACAAUUUGUGACCAUAUGAAAUUUCACACGCAAUAUUGAUAACUAAAAAUAACAGUACAGAAAUGAUCAGUGCAGAUUGUGAUCAAAAUGUAAUGUAAUGACAAUUUAAGGUAAAUAGGGGCCGUCUACCCUAAACCACAUCACUUUGACAGUUGGUUUCUGACUAGAUUUACUUAUUUACUCUCAAUUUUAAAAUCCCUCGCUUCUUAGCAUUCUGUCACUUUUUGUUUUUUCUAUGGAAAACUGCCACAAAAUGCAUUAUUGUUUUGUUUUUGAUUCUGGGAGCGUUGAGACCAAGCUGGUAAAUAUUUAUAUAAAUAUAUACAAAAAAAAAUCCAUUUUAGUGGUGUUUCUGGGACUUGUAAAUGAAAAGGUGAAAUUACUACAGAUAAAGUUACUUCCCACUCUUUCUGAUUCACUGUUAAAUAUGUUCCGUGUGAUUGAAACAAAUAGGAAUGAGGAAGCAUUUAUUGUCUUUGCCGUAAAAGAGGCAGUGUACAUACUGUAACUGUGUAACAUAUUGUAUAUUCAUUAUGCCUGGUGUGUGUGUGAGUGUGAGUGGGGGUUUGUCGGCAGUGUGGGCUGUGUCUACGUACAGAGCCAGGGUGUUGGUGGUUACUGACCGGCUGUGAUUUAAUACAAAGAUUGACUAGGAAAAGAAAUUCUAUUUAUUUGAAGUAAGUUAGAAUCUGAACUAAUCACUUUUAAAGUCAAAUUGAAGCGAGUAUUGGAUGGAAAUGAAGGAUUGUUGUUCAGAGAACUGAUUUGUCUGAGGGCGGCUUCACACAGAAGCUUUCUGAUUUUGGUUUUUCUUUCCUUGAGUAAUAAUUUCUCCCCUUCUCCUGAAUAAAACUGAUUGAGCAACUGAAA